AUUUCAAAAGCAGCAGUAUCUGCUACGCGUCUUCCAGUGCAUUGCAUCAUCACUGAGUCCAGAGGCGGUCCUCUCCUGCCUCCAAAAUUAGUCACACGACAGAGAGGGGAGGGCCCAUGCAGGAUAAAGCCAGAAAGCCCACCAGGAAGAGAGGACUGCCAACCUGAAACCUGAGCCAGGGUCUGGUCUCAGGCACUGAUGGCAGAGAUGGAAAAUGUGUCGUAUGUACCUUUGAAGCAGCCCAUCGUGUUCACAGUGGAAGGCUUCAUCAUAACCAGGCAGCAGGGGUACGCCCUGUUUGUGGUCUCCCUCAUCGUGUACGCCGUGAUGCUGCUGGGAAACAUCACCGUGGUUACAGUGAUAGCCACGGAUGUCAAACUCCACAAGCCCAUGUACGUGAUGAUGUGCAACCUGGCAGCAUGCGAUCUGCUCGGGGGCACGACAGUCAUGACCCAGCUGAUGUCACAGUUCCUGACAGGAAACAAGACCAUCGGCUACGUGGCGGCAAUAGUCCAGGUCUUCUGUGUUCACACGUAUGGCUCGGCCGUCGGCACUAUUCUAUCAGCCAUGGCGUAUGACCGCUACAUUGCCAUCUGCCAGCCGCUGCACUACCACACCAUCAUGACCACUACGAGGCUGGUUUUGCUGUGUUUUGUCGCCUGGCUCAUUCCAAUUUGCCAGGUCAUGAUCGUCGUCAUUCUGACCAUUGGAACACCAUUGUGUGGGACGUUAAUCAUGCAUGUCUAUUGCGGCAACCACGCUAUUCUCAGGCUGGCAUGCGUCCCCACCACCAUCAACGGCAUAUACGAAGUUUGUUCGGUUUAUUCCAUACGUACAGGCUGCUUCUUAGUCAUUGCCUUUUCCUAUGUGAAGAUCCUCCAAACAUGUGUCAUCAAACAGGAGAAAAACAGUCGGAGCAAGGCCACACAGACGUGCACCUCCCAUCUCACCAUUUAUAUCCUCUUUGAGAUCUCCUUGGUCAUCAUUAGCGUGACCUACCCGUUGCAAGAUAUCAGCCCCAACACCAGGAAGUUCUGGUCCAUUUUUACUUUCAUCGUGCCCCCCACAGUCAACCCAAUCAUCUAUGGCAUCGCCAUGAAAGAUAUACGCAAAAAAAUUGUGAACCUUUCCAAAUCCAGUGUCUCCCCGAACUAGUGAAACCAGCGUGUCCUACCCAGUAAUCCAAAGAACAUUUUUUUAUUUUAUUUUAAUGUUUAGGUUGAAGAAAGUUGUUAAAUUGGGGGGGAACCAUGUCUCUAAAACAUUUUUCCAGAGGAGAAAGUGUUACACAGAUCUUUUUAGCUGUAAAGUUGUGGUUCAGAGGCUGGCAAAAACAACUAUCGUUGUGCAAAUAUUGCUACAGCAUUGUUAUUCUCCACACCCUUCCACAACUUCACUGCAUUGUAAAAAGUCAAAAUAAAAUUUGGUGCCAGCUGGGCAGAGGACACUUGAGGUGAAGUCCAACACUGGAUUUCCUUUGCUGAUGAGGAUGAACAUUUCUGGCACAAUUUAAAUCAUCUUCCAUCUUUUUCCCCAUGCACCUUUUGCUUUAUAAAAAAGAACAUCUAUCCUUCAUUUUAAAAACCAACAAGAAGCAUUUUACUUUUAAAAAUAAAGCAUGAUAAUUGUAAUCCAGUUUUUACUUCUGUUGUCCUUUGUCAUUUUUUGUCAGUUUGAUAAAAACAGAAUAUUACAGAAUCACAAUCAAAACUAUUCAACACAACAGAUUAUAUGCAAGACUGCAUCCAUAUACCUGCUCUAAUUGCCCAUUAUUGAAAUUGUUUCAGCGAUCUCACUGUAUAACAAAAGAACAGGGUUUCUCAUCCUGUAGACCAGAAAGUACCAGAUAAAAAGGCUUAAGACUCUAUAGACUUCAGUGUUACGUCCCCUGCCUCUGCUUGCCUGGGUAGUGCAGGUGGAGGUAGUUGCUUAAUUAC